GAGGUGGCCGGAAGUCGGCUUUCGGUUGCGGAGGCGAAGGCGGCUCCAGCGUCAAGCCUGGGCUGAGGUUCUUGAUCUUCCACUAUGGGUGAGCCACAACAAGUGAGUGCCCUUCCACCACCUCCAAUGCAGUACAUCAAGGAAUAUACAGAUGAAAAUAUUCAGGAAGGCCUCGCUCCCAAGCCUCCACCUCCAAUAAAAGACAGCUAUAUGAUGUUUGGCAAUCAGUUCCAAUGUGAUGAUCUUAUCAUCCGCCCUUUAGAAAGCCAGGGCAUCGAACGGCUUCAUCCUAUGCAGUUUGAUCAUAAGAAAGAACUGAGAAAACUCAAUAUGUCAAUUCUUAUCAAUUUCUUAGACCUCUUAGAUAUCUUGAUAAGGAGCCCUGGGAGUAUAAAACGAGAAGAGAAACUAGAAGAUCUUAAGCUGCUUUUUGUACAUGUGCAUCAUCUCAUAAAUGAAUACCGACCGCACCAAGCAAGAGAGACAUUGAGAGUAAUGAUGGAGGUGCAGAAACGUCAACGCCUUGAAACAGCUGAGCGGUUUCAGAAGCAUCUGGAACGAGUCAUUGAGAUGAUUCAGAAUUGCUUGGCUUCUUUGCCUGAUGAUUUGCCCCAUUCUGAAGCAGGGAUGAGAGUAAAAACUGAACCAAUGGAUGCUGAUGAUAGCAACAAUUGUACUGGACAGAGUGAACAGCAAAGAGAAAAUUCAGGUCAUAGGAGAGACCAGAUAAUAGAGAAGGAUGCUGCCUUGUGUGUCCUAAUUGAUGAAAUGAAUGAAAGACCAUGAAGGAUGUUUCUUUUUCUUUUAUUUUUCAGUAAAUGGCAUAUAUGGUUAAUUUGCUUUGGAGAGUUUCAAAAGAGAUAUAACUAGAAGUCAUGUAAAUGACUUGACUCUAACUUUAUCAAUUAUGAGAUGUCACAGGCUGUAAUUUUACUUUAUGGCAAGUAUAGGCAAAUGAGGAUAUGCAUACGUUAAAAGUAAUCACCUUAAAAAGCAAAGUGCUGAAAUUGUGUGAAACAUCCUGGUUUUGGAGUUGCAGAAAACAUUAAAGAUAUCCUCAGUAAUAGCAAGCUUUCAUCUUUGAAAAGUAGGUUUGUUAUUUGAUUUAAGAAUGAUAGAUAAAUAAAGGAUAUCAAGCUGUUUAAAUGUGAAA